CCACUUUCCUGAAAAGGGCAAAAUAGUCAUUUCAGGUAACCUUCUCUCACCGUCACCACACAUGCAAUUACAACACUCAGACAGGAACUCAAAAAGACAGCUCAUUCAAUACAUCAACACAGAUCACUCCAAAGCCUUUCUCUUUAAAUUCGUUCGUUUAUUUACUUUAUCAAUUUAAUCUUUUACAGUAUUUGUUUUUCCUCGAUUCCUUGUUUUCGAUUCAACAUUCGAUGCGGUGACAAAGCACAGAUUUUGGCCGGAAAGUUUUGUGUUUUCCGGCGAGAUAUGCGAAGAAACCGGAAUAAUCUGUAACGGAAUCUAAGGAAAAGUUAAAGUGCGAUGUCGGUGUACGACGCUGCUUUCCUAAACACUGAGCUUUCGAAACCGACAUCGAUCUUUGGUCUCCGGCUAUGGGUCGUUAUCGGAAUCUUACUCGGAUCUCUAAUUGUCAUUGCCCUCUUUCUUCUCUCCCUCUGUCUAACUUCUCGCCGGAAAAAUCGAAAGCCGAGAGCCGAUUUCGCUUCCGCCGCCAUCGCUACGCCGCCGAUUUCUAAGGAGAUUAAAGAGAUCGUUCCUGCGCAGACGCAGUCUGUUCCGGCGGAGAUCCAAGUCGAUAUCGGGAAGAUCGAACAUCGAGUGGUGUUUUCAGAUCGAGUAUCGAGUGGUGAGAGUAGAGGAACAGCGAGUGCAAGUGAAACGGCGUCGUAUUCUGGCAGUGGAAAUUGUGGGCCGGAGGUUUCGCAUCUUGGAUGGGGACGAUGGUAUACUCUGAGAGAGCUUGAAGCGGCCACGAAUGGGCUUUGUGAAGAGAAUGUAAUCGGAGAAGGUGGUUACGGGAUUGUGUAUCGUGGCAUUUUAACUGAUGGAACCAAAGUCGCUGUCAAGAACUUGCUUAACAAUAGGGGCCAAGCAGAGAAGGAAUUCAAAGUAGAAGUGGAGGUCAUUGGGCGUGUACGGCACAAGAAUCUCGUUAGGCUUUUAGGGUAUUGUGUCGAAGGUGCAUACAGGAUGCUCGUGUAUGACUUUGUCGAUAAUGGUAAUCUGGAGCAAUGGAUUCACGGUGAUGUUGGCGAUGUCAGCCCGCUGACUUGGGAUAUCCGUAUGAAUAUUAUACUCGGGAUGGCCAAAGGAUUGGCGUAUCUACACGAGGGUCUUGAACCAAAAGUUGUUCAUCGGGAUAUAAAAUCAAGCAAUAUCUUGCUUGAUCGCCAAUGGAAUGCUAAGGUUUCGGAUUUUGGACUUGCUAAGCUCUUGGGUUCCGAGAGCAGUUAUGUUACUACCCGUGUGAUGGGAACUUUCGGUUAUGUAGCACCGGAAUAUGCUUGCACCGGAAUGUUAAACGAGAAGAGUGAUAUCUAUAGCUUCGGAAUAUUAAUCAUGGAGAUAAUCACAGGAAGAAAUCCGGUUGAUUAUAGUCGGCCUCAAGGAGAGACAAAUCUAGUGGAUUGGCUGAAAUCAAUGGUAGGAAACCGAAGAUCAGAAGAAGUAGUUGAUCCGAAAAUACCCGAACCACCAUCCUCCAAAGCUUUAAAACGGGUGCUGCUUGUAGCUUUGCGUUGCGUAGAUCCUGAUGCAAACAAGAGACCUAAAAUGGGUCAUAUCAUACAUAUGCUUGAAGCCGAAGAUGUACUCUAUCGCGAUGAACGUCGAACAACUAGGGACCAUGGAAGCCGGGAGAGACAAGAGACAGCUGUAGUUGUUGCGGGUAGUGAAAGCGGCGAGAGCGGUUCACGGCAUCAUCAGCAAAAGCUAAGAUGAAAAAAGAGUCACUUAGGUUAAGCGACUUUCCAUCUCACACGACCAUUAUAUUUCAAUUUUUUUUUCCGGUAUAUUAUUGUCUCACUUACAUACAUAAUAUUUUCAUUCUUUGGCUCUUCGAGUCUUGGCCUUACGAAUUAACUUUCUUCUUCUUUGUAACCUUUUGUCAACGAUGCACAUUCACAUGUCACUUGCUAGAUAUUGUAAUAUGUAAUGUUUGGACCGACCCUGAAGCUAUGUUCGGCCCGUAGCACGAGCACGGGAUUGGUCGAUGGAUCAAACUUAUCGCUUUAGAACUGGUAUGGGACAAGAUGGACCCAGAAGGAUUCUUUUA